UCGAUUCUCCAAUUGCCGAUCUCCCAUUCACGUCUUGCCCGGGUCCGACAGGUAACUCGUCAUUGGACAUCACUGAGAAUCGAUAAACUAAAUAUCUGCAAUAAAACGGUGCCAAAUGCUGGGCAGUGCGACUUUUCCAGAUAGGUUAUCCGAUUCGAGGUAGAUUCACAAUCGGCAUUUGGGACUUCUGGUGACAAUGACCCGGUUCACCAAGCCUGCUGACGCGCGAACCCCUGUAUGUCGACAUGGAAGCCGACGCUGUCAUCCUCAGGACGUCUUCGGAACCCCGAACGAUGUAACGAGAGGCGGGGUUGCAACGUUCGACACGUUGACAUGGCAAGGGGUCACGUCAAUCCCAUACUAGUACACGGGGCAAGCCUGAAAAGUAGAAGAUGACCAUUGAAAUAGAGGGUUGCCGCCGAACAAAGGAUUGGCGAUUGGAGUCGACGUCAACUCAAGUUUGCCUUCAUCGAACAAGUUAACGACAAGCCAACGAGACAUGGCUCUAUCGGAUUUCACCUCGUACUUCAAUGGCGGCUCAUCGCUACUCUAUCUUAGCUUUGCAAUCAUCCUCUACUAUAUCGUCUCCUCCGUCAUAGUCUACGGCCGCCUUCGCGAUUUCCCCGGCCCGUUCGUCGGACGAUUCUCCUACCUAUGGCUCCUAUCAAAUGCACGCUCCGGUCGACCAGCCGAACACUUUACCAACCUCAAUAGAAAGCACGGCUCCCUAGUCCGCAUCGGCCCCAAUGAUCUCGUCACUGACGACCCGGACAUCCUCCGCCGCAUGAACGCCGCACGCUCAACUUACGGCCGAUCAAGCUGGUACGACACCACGAAACUCAACCCCCACGAGGACAGUAUGUUCAGCCUGCGCGACGCCGGCGCACACGACAAGCUCAAAGCCAAGACCGCAGCCGGGUACGCCGGCAAGGAGAACCUCGCGCUCGAAGACGACAUCAACUCCCAGGUUGCUAAUUUCGUGGACCUCAUCCGGAGGAAGUAUGUCACUACCAACGACGAGGUCAGGCCGAUGGAUCUCGGCAGGACGGCGCAGUAUUUUACGUUGGAUGUUAUCACCAGAGUUGCGUACGGCAAAGAGUUUGGAUACUUGGCCACAGAUUCGGAUGUCCAUGACUACAUCAGCACGACGGAGGCGGCUAUACCGGUUCUGCAGCUCUGCAGUGAGGUGCCGUGGCUUGCCAGCGUUAUGUUUUCCAAGCCCGUUCUGGGCGCUGUCGGUCCGAAACAUACUGAUAAGAGCGGGUUGGGAAAGUUGAUGGGAGUCGCCAAGGAGGUUGUGGGACAACGUUUCGGUGCGGACGCAAAGGAGCGACCGGAUAUGCUGGGUGCCUUUAUUCGGCACGGCGUCAGUCAGAGCGAAUCUGUCACCCAGGGCCACAUCUCUUCGCCAAUUACCAAUGAGGAGAGUAAAACAUUGCCAUACCUCCAGGCCAUAAUCUAUGAGGGUCUCCGAAUGUGUGCUCCCUUCACGGGUCUUUGCGCUAAAGAAGCACCUGCAGGAGGAGAUACCAUUGACGGACGCUUCAUCCCCGGCGGGACGCGCAUCGCCCAGAAUGUCUGGGGCACGCUCCGCCGCGUCGACGUCUUUGGUAAAGACGCGGACCUCUUCCGACCUGAGCGGUGGAUCGAGGCGGACGCGGCGACGAAGGAUAAGAUGCAGAAGACUACUGAAUUCGCCUUUGGAUAUGGGCGAUGGGGUUGUGCGGGUAAAAAUGUUGCGUUUCUGGAGUUGAAUAAGGUGUUUUUUGAAUUGCUUCGCAAUUUUGACUUUCAGAUCAUGGAUCCUGCGAAGCCUUGGCAUAGCGUGAAUCACAACAUGUUCAUGCAGGAUAACUUCUGGGUCAAAGUUACUGAGCACAAGAAUUAGGAAGAUUGGGCCAAGAAAUAUGCAGCUACAUCGCAAGGCGUGCUUUCCAUAGAUCGUCUUCAACCUAGCUACUUGUCUUCGAACAGCUUUCAGUGGUAUCGUGAAUGAGAAUUUGAAUCUCGACCAUCGCGCUGUACGCUGUACUAAGUAUGCGAAGUGGUGAGUGCAGUAGGGACUCAAAAAAUGCCUACUAAAGUAUGCAGUACUCGAAGCAUGGCAAAACCCACCUCCG